AUGUCGAUUAAUAUUUGCAGAGACAACAAUGACCCUUUUUACCGUUAUAAAAUGCCUCCUAUCCAGGCCAAAGUGGAAGGUAGAGGUAACGGUAUCAAAACGGCAGUUUUGAACGUCGCUGACAUUGCUCGUGCGCUAAACAGACCAGCACCUUACAUCGUGAAGUACUUCGGCUUUGAACUUGGUGCCCAGACUUCGAUAUCAGUGGAUAAGGACCGUUACUUGGUCAAUGGUGUCCAUGAACCUGCUAAGCUACAGGACGUAUUGGAUGGUUUUAUCAAUAAGUUUGUUCUCUGUGGUAGUUGUAAGAACCCUGAGACUGAGAUUAUCAUUACCAAGGAUAAUGACUUGGUCAGAGACUGUAAAGCCUGUGGUAAGAGGACUCCAAUGGAUCUCAGACACAAGUUAUCAUCUUUCAUAUUAAAGAAUCCGCCAGACUCGAUGAAUGGGUCCAAGAAGAAGAAGAAAGCAGCCACGGCGUCCGCCAAUGUCCGUGGUGGUGGUGUGUCCAUCAGUGAUAUUGCUCAAGGUAAAUCUCAGGCAUCGAACAACAGUCCCAACGGAACCACUGAGGCUCUGCAGGUGGAUGAGGACGAUGAUGAGUUAGCUCGUCAAAUCAACGCAGCAGCAUCCACUUUAGAGAAGAUUGAGAUGAAGGACGACGAGUGGGCCGUGGAUAUGUCAGAGGAGGCCAUCAGACAACGUGCAAAAGAACUACAGGCGUCCGCUGAUGCGGCAAACGGCGAGAUGAGCAAAUUGGAAGAGUUUGGAGAAUGGAUACUGAAGGAAGCCGGCGAUGACAAGAAAAACCUGCCUUCUGAUGUCGAGCUUUUCAAGCAGGCGGCUGAUAUGGACGUCUUGAAAGAUCCAAAGGUCGCUUGUGUGUUGGCACAAUGUAUCUUUGAUGAAGAUAUCGUCCAGCAGGUCGGCGAGCACGCCGCUUUUUUCACCAAGGUCUUCGUCGCACCAGAAUACGAAAGGGAAUUCUUGGGAGGUAUCGAGAGAUUCUUGGGUCUAGAGCAUAAAGAUAUGAUACCCCUGCUGCCAAAAAUCUUGGUUCAGGUGUACAAUAAUGACAUCGUUUCCGAGGAAGAGAUCGUCAAGUUUGGUACUAAAUGCUCAAAGAAAUACGUGCCAAAGGACGUGUCGAAGAAGGUACGCAGAGCCGCUAAGCCUUUCAUCACCUGGUUGCAAACCGCUGAGAGUGAUGACGACGAGGAAGAUGACGAAUGA